AUGUCCGGAAUUAAAGUUGUCUUUGGAGGCGCGGGCAUCAACCCAGGCGCAGCUUUCGGGAGUCCUGAAGCACUUCAAGACGUCUUCGAUGUCCUCGAGAAAGGCAAUGUCAAGAUCAUUGACACCGCGGCCCUCUAUGGCAAGUCCGAGGAGAUCCUGGGCAAAGCAGGCGCCGGCAAACGCUUCACAUUGGACACCAAAUUGAAGGGUUGUUUUGGAGACGGCUGCUCGAGAGAAGCCGUCAUGAAGGAAGCCACCAACAGCAAGAACAUGCUUGGAGUCGAUGUGGACAUUUUAUACAUUCACGCCCCUGACAAGGAUACACCCCUGGAGGAGACACUUGCUGCGGUGGACGCGGUACACAAAUCGGGAUUUUUCAAACGUUUUGGGCUCAGCAAUUAUCAGGCCAAGGAUGUCGAGGCCGUAUACAACCACGCAAAAGAGAAGGGAUACAUUCUCCCAACUGUAUAUCAAGGAAAUUACAGCGCCGUGGCGCGGAAGCAGGAAACGUUGCUGUUCCCAACUCUGCGGAAGCUCGGCAUUGCUUUUUAUGCAUACAGCCCUAUAGCUGGUGGUUUCCUCACCAAGACGAAGCAGCAGGUACUCGACGGAGCCGGCCGCUUCGAUACCAGUAAGCCUGUUGGAUCGAUGUACAGCCAAAUGUACGCCAAGCCAUCAUACCUUGAGGCAUUGGCUGAAUGGGAGAAGAUCGCCAGUGAUGAAGGCUGUUCAAGGGCAGAUCUAGCAUAUCGCUGGGUCCGGUACAACAGUCCAUUGAAGGUCGAACACGGCGACGCGAUCAUCAUCGGAGCUUCACGACUCGAGCAGCUUAAGGAGACGCUGGACUCCAUAAACGGGGGGCCUCUCAGUGACAACGCUGUGAAGAGGAUCGACGAGAUUUGGUCACAAAUUUCGCACGAAGCCCCGCUUGAUAACUUCACAAAGUGA